AUGGAUGGUAUUGAAAGAGAGUUUAAUUAUGCUAGACAAGAACUGUACUCAGAUUCCGAUUCGCCGCAGGAGAAAAUUGUAGAAGGAGUAGCCGAUUCAGAGACGGGUAAUAAUCAGAUAGUGUUGUGGCAGAACACUACUAAAACUACGGAAACUGAGGCUGAGGAGGAGGAGAACCAGCCAUUGCCACCCGUGAGGAUGUUCCUCGAGCCCAGUCAGUAUCAUAAUGCAAUAAAAUUGGGAACAAGUUGUUAUAUCCACAAAGCUGUUGUGAAAAUGGAGUCCCUAGACCUUGAACCCCAUGAGCUGAGCUGGUUUAGAGAACACCCACAGUUCAAGCACUUUUGGUACAUGCAUAGGGCCAUGCAUGAGGGCACAACACACAAGAUGAUGGGAAUGUGGUUGCUUCUUCUUCGGACAGCAAACAAAAAUAAGAAGAAGGAAGCUUGGUUUGUAGUGUAUGGCGUACCAAUUCGUUAUUCCCUUAGAGAGCAUGCCCUUUUAUGUGGAUUAAACUGUCUAGCGUACCCAGAGGACUAUGAGAGCAUAUGGAAAACGAAAACCGGUAAGGGAGCACCAUCUGUUGACCCCUUAUUCCUGAGGAUUGUGGAUGAUACUGAGGCUUCUAAAAGGUUUCCUUGGGGUAGGUAUUCCUUCGAUGUAAAUAUGAAGGAGAUUGAGCACACAAUGAGGCAUUUCAAAGGGGUCGUCGAAACAAAUGCCUGGACAUUUCCAAGCUUUGUUACUCCCUUGGAGUUGCUAGUUUUUGAGGUCAUCCCAUGUCUGAAGAACAAAUACAGAGAAUAUGUUAGAGGAGCAGAGAGGGAUCGUCCCCGAGUGUGCAGGCAGAAGUUCCAACCAUUCACCAUAAAAGAUGGGGUAAUUAUGCUUCUUGGAGUCAUGGAGGGGAAUGAAGAGGAAGAUGUUGGUGAUAUCGUUCCUGACAAUUGUACGAGGCAUUUAGUUGAGGAAAAGAAGCCAAUAUUCUGGAAAGAGAUAUGCAAGAUCAAUGUUGAUGCCCGAGAUAAUAAGGAGUAG